AGUAGUGGGAAACUGUUUGUAAAUAGAAAUGUUUGUGUUGUUUUUAUGUAAUUCUUCAAUGGUGUGAGCACCUUAAACAAAACUCUAUUCCCUUUCCAUUCAUUAUAGCCUAUUGAGGUGGCAGCAGACAUCUCCGAGACUCAAAACCUGUGCAAAUAAUACCUGAACUAUCUGCAUGUUGGCCACACACCACUAGAGGUACAUGCGUCCUGUUUCCACAGACUCAUUUCAUUUCGAAAUGAUAGCAGACCACCUCAGAAUGUAACUCAGACAGUAUCAGGACAUCCUGAAGCGGAAUUUCAAAAUAAAAGCCCUCUAAAAUGUCAUAUGUGAGCUAUGUUUCCUCAAUUCAGAUUGAUAUUAAAAGGAAAUGUCAUUCUUCCACAGACUAAUUUCACUUCAAAGUGAUAGCAGACAACCUGAGAGUGUAACUCAGACAAUAUCAGGACAUUUUGAUAUGGAAUUUCAGAAUUAAAGCCCUCUAAAAUGUGUAAUGACAUUUUCAUAUACAUAUAUGUAAGUAACUCAUUUAGAUGAUACUGUGUUUUAAUCGAGUCCACCUCUCUGCAAGUUCAAACUGUCCUCAAUGAAAUGCCAUGGCUUCAGAAGGUAAGACAUUGAUUGUUCUCUGUGUUACUUCUGCUGUAUUUGAUAUCUUCAGUUUCCUCCACUCUCUUUCUCCCCCCAUGCUGUUGCCCGUGACAAUCAAUGUUGUGCUGUCCUCUCUCCCAGUUUUCCACAUGACCCGCCCGUGUGCUGCUCUUUUAAGCCCCCUGGGCGGAUCGUGGAGACACAUUCAGAAGACGUCCACACACUUGACCACACACUGGACCCAGGCCUGAUCUACCUGCCUUCAGUAUGGACCUGAGAUUCCUGUUUGUAGCUUCAGCUCUCCUCCUGGGGGCCACACUCACCAUCUCACUGGCGGACCGCACCUCACAGUGCAAAAUCAAAUGGUUGUUUGGCAUCCCGUGCGAAGAUGUCACGGGAAGGCUGGUGAACCAGAUCAAAGCGUGGCAGGUCGGGCGAAAAUGUCUAUAUGCAGGAGAGAGGUGCUCGUACGAGCUCGUGUCGGCAGCUCCUUACGUGAUCAAAGCCACGCACACGUCUCCAGUAACCAAAAAGGUCAACAACCUCGAGUUUCUUCUAGAGCAGUCCACCAUUUGCAAAGUGACUGGAGAGGCAGUAUCUGAGUUCUCCAAAGAUCCAGCUGAUAACAGCACAAACUACUGCAGCCUCCAGAACCUGAUGGACGGAAGUGACCUGAUCAGUGCUGAAGGAUACAAACAGUUCAGCAACAAGUGGAUCUGUGCCGGGUUCGAUUUCGUCAACUGCACCUUAUAGGCGGAGAUCUCCCUACCUCGCUCCACAUGUCACUUCAUGUGUGGAAUAAGACCUCAGAGAAAACUGGUUCUUAUCAGUGUAACAGCUCAUAAGUAUGUGGUCUACCAGACAACAUAUGUGAGGUUUCAUUAUAACAAACCUCUCCAGUCUGGUUGACUAAGAACAUAUUUGUAUUUAUUGCAAAGCUGUAAAAGAAAUGACCAAUAUUUGUGAGUGUGAACAGUGAUUUUUAGAAAAUGGUACUUAUAUACAUAUGCAGUUCAAUCACAAGACAAGAUGAUGAAGAAACAAGAGCGUAUUUAAAACAAUGCAGUUGGCUGUUCGUACAUACUGUAACCUAUAAAUGAUGCAUGAUUAAUGUGAUGUGAUGCCAGGCGUUUUAUUAAGAAAAAGGAGGCUUUUGAGAGACGAGGAGAGACAGAAAACCAGAGCUUCUUGAAUCUGAAAGUGUUGCGAGUUCAAAGUGUAUUCAUUACUGAAAUUGGUCAAUUCGGUACUUAAACAUAUGAAAAAGUCA